GAUUUGCAUACAUGCAGUGCUCUGGUGUUUUCUCAGGAUGUCUCUUUUGCUAUUUGAAUGCAGGGAACUCAAAUUAUUAAUGAAUCUGAGGAUCAGGACACGACCGAUUUGCAUAAGUGUAUAGCAUACAUAUGUGACUCGGCACCAAACCUAGAUAAGUCUAAUUCUUCUGUUGAAGGCCCUCAUUGUGGACUCAUACCCAUUGGGAUGCCAUCUGGAAGUACUACAACCACUGGACUUCAAUGGGAUCUCGCUGAAACGGAGAUGAGGUUUGGUGGUCUGAUAAGUACAUCGAAUAUCGUCAAGGGAGAGAAAAUAACAGUGCAGUCAGAUUCAGAUCUUCUAUGGACUAUAAGCAUUAAAAAGAUGUAGUGCAUUUGGAGAUGAGAUGGGCAAAACGAUUUGAGUUUUUUAGAGAGAGAGAGAGAGAGAGAGCGGCUUUUGAUGAUUUCAGCGAGUAAAUGCUGUAAGGAAGAAAUACAGAAUGAUAAAGUGUUGAUGCUAGCACAGGAGAAAAAAAUGGCACUCUGUGAUAUCUGUGGUUCAUUUCUUGUGGCCAAUGAUGCUGUAGAGAGAACUCAGUCUCAUGUUACAGGGAAACAGAAUGAUAAAGUGUUGUGGUUGUUUUGCAUUUUUUGGAUGAAAAAAAAAAAACCGAAAAAAAAC